UAAAUAACCCCAAAACAUGAUGGAACACUCAACGAAGUUCGUUGUUUUGGAUUAUAUUCUGAAGCGGGCGUCAAAAACUGUUUCCUCCCAUUUGGUUUACUACAUUAAUUACAUUAAGUCUACGUGAGAAAAAGUAGGUAUGGAUGUAAGCGCGAAAGAAGAGAGCGACAAUAGGUGUAUGUGUGAAAGGAGAUUGUGUGUGCGUGUGUAAAGAAGAGAAAGAGGGAGGUAGGAAGAGAGAGGGAGAGACGGAGAGGUAACAAAAGUAUGUUCUUGGCAACGUUUGUUUUCAUGUCUCCUCGUUGUCUGCUUUCAUUUAUUCACGUCCAAUGCAAUAUCACCACCAUCAUCAACGAUAAACUAUGUUCAUUGCUAAAUAGAAAAGCAAUAAUGAUUACGACCCAAAAGAACAAUUAUUUAGACAGUUGCUAGUGUAAACACAACAACAUAUAAUUGUUUAUAUUAGCAACACGUUGUUACACGAUAUAUAUACAUAAUUCACUAUAAUAGUAAUAAUAAUAAUAAUAAUAAUUAUUAUUAUUUAGUCGCUGUUACGUUAUUAACAAAAAGUUUGCCAUAAUCAAUAUCGAUAUGGAUAUGGUACCUUCUGAUGACAUAUUUAAGACAUCUCAGUUACUGAUACUAAUCUUCUGGAUUAUCCUUAAUUCUCAAGUUCAAUGUCACAAACUACCAUCUGAUUCCAGUUCGGAACUUCUUCCAAGUUACUCUUUACCAAGUUCUCUAUUUACAAUAUUUGACAAGUCAAAAGAUGACAGAACAUCUGGUAUAUUGAUGCAUUUCAAAGAUGAUGCUUCAUCAGUCGAAACUUCAGUGAAUUUGUUUUCUAGUUUUACACAAACUCAAGCCAAAUCAUUCCCUCAGCAAUAUCAACUUGAAGUUCUUCUUAGUCCUUCUAGUUCUUCUUAUUUCCAGUCUAGUUCAUCUAUUUUACUUUCCUCAAAUAAUUUACAAACUAAUGGCCCCUCAGUUUCUUUGGCAUCAUCUUUAGUUGAAGCUUGUCUUUCAAUUUCUAUGUUUAACAGUCUUACUGCCAAUAUUGAAGACCCUAAUAAUUUGCAUUCCAUUGAAAUAUCACAAUCCGAAUUUGUAUCUGAAGGUGACAGCUCCAUUUCAGAUAUUCUUAGUCCAUAUUUCCAACCACUUGAUAACUUUUUUUCUAUAUCUAAUUCUUUGUUACUAAAUUCAACUAGCCAAAUAUUGAAAUCUAUUUUAGCACUAGAAAAUUUAAAUGAUUCUAUGGCAUUGGAAAACUUUCCUGUUGUCAAAAUGAAACCAUUAAUGAAGGAGCAGAACAUCAACCAAAGUAAAUUUGAUUCACAGAUUUAUACCAGUUUUACUGGAGUCAAUUCUUUAAAUAUUAACAGUAGACUAUUGAAUAUAAAUACUAGUUAUGCACAUAAUUUUAAACAACAGCCACACACUCAAAUUAAUUCAGACUCUCCAUUUGAUGAAAUGAUGUCAGAAUCACAAUUAUUUUCAUCAUCAUUUACUGUGAAAUCAUCACAGCCUUAUAUAUCCCCUAUUUUUCAAACUAAAAGUAAACUUCUCUCAGAGAUGCAAACUCGAUCAGAUUUUAAUCUUAAUGCAAAACAAUAUUUUAUUCAGAAGAAUAUUAAUUCUUUAUCUACAUUGAAAGAUCUUAUAACCAAAAAGUUUGUCCCUACUGAGACAGAGAAUCUACAUGGAGCUCUAAUAAUUUAUUCUACCCAACAAAUGCUAUGGGCUAAUUCUAAGACAGAAAGUAUGUUACCAUAUCAAUAUGAUCAAACUAAACUAUUUGUUCUUCAUCCUUCACAAUCACAAAUUUCUCAAAUAGAUGAAAUAGAAAGUCUGUAUCCAAUCAAUAAAAAUCAAAUAUUCUUAUACAGUGACCAUUUCUUGGGAUCUUUUCAAAGUGCAAUAUCCCAGAGUUAUUCAAGCCCAUUUAAACAUUUUACCACAAAUGAGAGAUCAUUUUCUGAUUUGAAGUUCUCUCUAUCAGGAAAGACUUUUGCCUCAGUAAAUGAUCCAGCUUCUUCCACUUUUAGAAGACCUAUUACCAAUUCGGAUUAUUCAUUGGAAUCUAAUUCAUUACAUCAGCCAAAAUUUGUCAAACUAACCAUAUCUCAGUUGAUCUCAGCUUAUUUUGAUGAAUCUCAAAUACGUUUUGAUAGUAAAGAGCUUUUAUAUAUGGCAACUGCUGCUACCAUUUCGGAAAUACCUCAACAACAAACAAAAUGGUUAAGUAACUCUUUCAAUUUUCAGAAAUCUUUUCACAAUAAUUUGUAUCAAUUUAUCAUACCAAUGUCUCAUUUUAAUGAUAAUCAAUCAUUACUACCAUCAUUAAAGUCUGAAACUUGGGAUAUAUUUAAUGAAUUUUGGAAAUCAAAACUUGAGCCAGUGAUAAUGAAAUCAUCUGAAGCUAAUCUUUUUGGCUCUAAUAGUGAUAAUUUAGUUCCAUCUUUGAGACAUCAAACAACAGAUGUUGUAAAUCCUACCCAGAGCAUGUUACAACAUUUCUUGGAGAAUUUGUAUACAGAGUCUGAUACAAAAGAAUCUCCAUACUUAUCAAAUACAGAAAUAUUGGAACCAUCUGAGACUGUGAGUUUAGUUAAUGUUGAGGACUUUUUGUUGAGGACCUUACAAAAUAUUUUCCCAUUAUUUGUGUCUUUAGGAAGAACUAAUACAGACACUUCCUUUACUUCAUCUUCAGAAGAAUUAUUUCAUUUACUAAAUUCAGGUCUUUCAUUUCAUACUCAACCUUCUCACAGCAUGGAACUUUUACAACCAUCUACUCACACAUACAUUCCUAUUACUGAUUUAUCUGAACUAUCUUUAACUUCUUCACAGAUUCAAAUGCCAUCAAGUUUUCAAGGUCCAGUUAAUUUUGAUCUUAUGAACAAAUUUUCUUCACCUAAUAUGAUCUUUUACUCAGAUUCUGAACAAAUAUUUCAAACCUCUCCUGAAAAUUUCCAACCAUCUCUUACCAAAUCAAAUGUCUUCAGUGAGGGGCAUGAUAGUUAUAUUUAUGAUAGCUUACACUCAAAAUUGGAAAUUAUUACAGCACCAAAAGAUUCAUUUGAUAAAACUCAGAGUUAUUCCAAUCCUGUUAUUUCCAGCCAUAUUCCAGAAUUAAUUGAUUCAUAUUCAAGUUUUUCAACUUUAGAAAUACCUGAAAAUACUUAUUUCUCUACGUCUUUAUUACCUCUAACAUCAUUGAAGUACUUAAUUAGUACAUCAUUAACUCCCGAAGUAAUUUAUUCAAAUCCUUUUCUGCCUAAUUCCAUUCAGUUUGAUAAACCAAAAUUUUCACUAUAUUCUCCUGAAAUAAUUGAAAUAUCUUCUAUGAUUGAUCAGUUUACACAAGAAUUGCCAUUGAUUACAACUUCAGUUAUUGAAAAUACCAUAGAAUCAAAUUUCAAAUAUUCUCCAACAUCUACUUCUUCACAAAGUUCAAAUUUCAUUAGUUCCACAGAAAAUGGAAAUACUUCCAUAUUGGCAUCAUCCUACUCCAGUAAUUCAGUGAAUCCUGUUUAUGAUUCUUCAGUGAUAAAUGUUGCUGUCACCAAUUUUACCAUGCAUAAUAGUUUGGUAUCAACCUUACAUUCUGACAUUGACUAUCAACUGGAAUCUAUAUAUUCAUCAUCAGAAUCUGUUUAUCUAUAUUCAUCUCAGACACCACUGUUUGUGUUGUCAAGUUUUAUUAGUGAAGAUAAAGAAUCUAACCAUUUAAUUCCAGAAUUUAGCUAUCUGUAUUCAUCUCAGACAUCUAUGCUUGUAUCAUCAAGUUUUAUUAGUGAAGAUAAUUCAAACCCCAAAUCUUCCUCAAAUAUAUCUAAUUCUAGUGUAUUCGCUUCAAAUAAUUUAACACUUUCAUCCAAACAAAUGGCAACUUUGUUGAUAUCAAAUUAUACUUUAGCAUCAAUUAAUAUCAAUACUUCAACAAAACAAGAGUCAUUGAAUAAUAACUCUGAAACAAAGCGAAUUUCAAAUCUUUUGACUGCUACAGAAAGUAGUUCCAUGCAAAAAGCUGAAUUUUAUGCUUCUACUUCAUCUGUAUUGGAAAUGUUUUCUCGAAACAUGCAGCUCAACAACAGCCUUUAUUUUCAACAUUUUUGGAUUGUUACAAUCAGAAAUAUGGUAGAAUCUGCUGUUGCUGAUGAUGAUAAUGACAGUGAUGGUGACGAUAUGAUUCUCAUUGUAGAAUCUGUUGAAGCAUUGCUGUAUAAAGAAAGCAAAACAUGAAGUUUGGUUUAUUUCCUUGGGCCCGAAUGUCAACAUGUCAAAUACUAAACUUAAUAUCAGUGACAUGGAGCAUGGCACUGCAGGGACCUUGGCAGAUAUGUAAUACAGGAGAUGGUACAUCUUGUUUAAUUUUAUUGCGAUUUUCUUUCU